AUGCAACGAGCAAGUGACCUUCUUUCUGGGGUCUCAAUGUAUGCGCCGAACAACAUUAAAAUCAUUGAUUGUGCACGUUCAGCUAUGAACGAACUGUGCAAGAUAGGACUUGCAGAAAACAAUCCUGUAUGGCAUCAACAUAAGGAACAUAGGUACGAAAUUCUCGAUAAUAUUGAAUAUUUGAAACAAUUUAGUCAGGUUGAUGCAUCAUUAAUGGAGCUUGUUAAGAUGGUUGAAGUUGGAGAUCUUCAAACACUGCCUAGUUUUGAUUCGUGUCGAAUCCAAGAUCCAAUGUCAACAAAGGACGUUUUUGGACAAGGUUUGCAGAUUGAAGGUUCACGGGAUAUGGCAUUGAUUAAGAUAAGUCCAACUAAACUAGUUGAAGUACUUAUGGAUCUGAAUCAAUGGUGUACGGCAUUUCACAACAUUGUCUCAAGAGCAGAGAUAAUAGGAUUCUUUACAGAUGGAGUAGAUGGAAGCUAUAAUGAGAAAAUGCAUGUGAUGAGUGCAGAAUUUUAUUUGCCUAGUCCUUUUAUACCAACUCGGGAGUGUGUGUUUGCAAGAUAUAGCAAACAAUUUACUCAUAACAUAUGGGCUGUUGUUGAUGUAUCUUUGGAGGACAUUUUACCUUCUUUCUCAAACAAUUUUCAUAAAAGACCUUCAGGCUGUUUGAUUAUAGGAAUGCCCAAUGGAAACUCCAAGGUUAUAUGGGUGGAGCAUGUAGUAGCAGACCAUAGUCAAUUGAAUGGUCUUUUUAAGACAUUUGUUACCUCUGGUUUGGCUUUUGGUGCGCCACGCUGGCUUGCUUCCAUUGUCCAGCACAUUGAGUGGUCUGAAACACUGAAUGCAACAAAACUUAUUGCAGAUGCUCGAGUUCUUAUACCACAAAUUGGGAGGACAAGUUUAUUGAAAUUGGCUGAAAGAAUGAGGAGAAGAUUUUGUGCCAAUCUUAGUUCCACAACUAACAAUCCAUGGAUGCGACUAGAUCCAGUUCCUGCUGGUUCAGAAGAUAUUAGAGUUAUGAUUGGGAAUAAUAUGGCUGGUAUUGCAUCAUUGGUUUUUUGUACUACUCUUUGGCUUAAUGUCUCCCCAAAUCGAUUAUUCAACUUCCUUCGGCACGAGAAAUCCAGAAGCAAGUGGGAUAAACUUUCAGAAAACCUUGCUAUUCAAGAAUUCGCAUGCAUGCUCACUGGCAAACAUCCAGAGAAUCGUGUUUCUUUGCUUAGCGCAAGUACUUCUGAGGACAAGACUGAAAUCUUUUACCUGCAAGAGAGUUAUGCUGAUAUAACUGCUUCCUAUGUGAUUUAUGCUCCGUUAGACGAGCCAGCAUUGACAUCUCUUGCAACUGGAUCAUCAAACCCAGACAAUGUAGUUGCCUAUCCAUCAGGGUUUGCUAUUAUCCCAGGAGGGUUACCAAGAGAUGGUGAUAAAGGAAAAGGAAAUGCCAAUAGUACUGCUAACAAUGAAAGUCUUCUAACUAUGUCAUUUCAUAUCAUUGAUAACGCCAGCAAUGUUGCAUCUAUCGCUCCGGAAUCAGUUCAAACCAUCUAUAACAUCAUUACAGAAACAGUUGCUGCUAUAAAAGAUGCAGUGUCGUAUCAUAGUCUACUCAACAAUUGGGAUCAAGAUGAAGUGGCAAAUAGCUUGGCAGCAUUAGUAGUGUAG